AUGUCGAGAAAAGAUCGGCUAAUAUCGGAGAGUUCAUUUGAUGGGAAUGUGGAUGACAGAUUGAAAUCAAUUGAAGCUUUUGCAGGUUUUCGUAACUGCAGUCUGAGUGAACUUGGUAUGUUCUUCAUUAAUCUUUUUGUACUUGCCAUUUAGAAUCGAAAAGAGCGGGAUUAUCAUCACAAAUUUCACAUUUGACUCAAAAGAUCAGUGAUUUGGCCUUCAAUAACUACAGAAUCUAUGCUGAUGCCGGAAGAACCGCCGAGAACUGCAGUGAUAUGGUUCGUAGCUCCUUUUGAGUAUUUAGUGCACCAUUAUCAUCAAUUGGAAUUACGAUCUAUUAAUAUUUGUAUCAUUUUAGUUGGAUAACAUCAACAAGGAGAUGUCGCAUGUCAAAGAACGAUUGCCUGUGCUGAUAGAAGAGACGGAAGCUUUUAUCGAGAGCUCAGAAGACAUAUUUCGGGAGUUUAUGCAUUUGGAUGAUGCAAUUUCGGACGAAUCGCCAAUCUGGGAGAUCGUAAAUUUGCCAAAGAUGAUGGAUAAAUGUAUUCGACAUGGCCAAUACGAUCUGGCUUAUGCUUUGACAACCUUUGCCGUUAAUCUUCAACAAAGCAAACUGGGGGAGAAUCAGAUUAUCAAGGCGAGUUAUUUUUUUUUAUUUUUUAUUUUUCUUUUAGAAAGUUUCUCACACACUAAUCGAAGCACGUCACGGUCUUCUGGAUGUCCUCUUUAACAAAUUCGCCGGUCCUAUUGAUCUUGCCAAGUCUAUUCAAAUUGUAAAUAACAUCAGGAAGAUCCCGUACAUAUCAAACACACAGCUCCGAGUAUGUCUACUGCAAUAUAGAGAUGUGUAUCUGGAAAAGAAUGCAAUGGCUUUGAUGGUAUGUAAUUAUCACAAUGUUUAUGAUGGUUGGAUUUUAGUCAGAACCGGAUUAUGCGAUCAAAAUUGUGGACGUAUACAGAGACUGUAUGUAUGAUACUAUAGUCUUAUAUCUCGCAGUGUUCCCAGGUGUUGAUUCUCAUAAGAAAUACGUAAGUCACUUUGUAAAGUGGUAAAUAUGGCUUGAGAAAGGGUGAUGACACUGUUCAAUUUUUACAAACGACCUAUAUUGUUUUGUAUAUUGUUUCAGUCAUCUUCCGAUGAUCCAAGAUGGGAGCGGUGGACUGGAGGAUCCCAGAACUAUCUACUACAAUCUUGGGCCCACAGAAAUAUUGACGUUAUGUUUGAGAGAAUUCGAUCAACCGACAGAAGAUCACCAAUUGAUUUAGAGUCCAUCGGCGGGAAACUUAUGAGCUUCGCCAAUUCCUUUGGACGAAUGGGAAUGGACUUCCGACCUUUGAUCAUCAAUGAACUGGCAUUAAUGACAUUGGAAUCGUUCUCCAGAAGAGUGCAGAAAGCCACGGAAAUGCAAGUUUAGAAUUUGAUUUGAAUUUGGUGUUUAGAUUUAUCGGCCAAAAACAAUUGGAUCUUUUGGAUGAAGACAUCUUCAAAGUAAACAGAAAUGAUAUUGAGGGCAAAACAGCCAGUGCAGAAGCACAGUCAUCAACAGCACCAGUCGAAAUAUGCGUCUGGGAUGACCUUUGUGUAUAUGGGAAUGAGAUUAUUGAUGCUCUAAACGACCUCAGGCACUCUUUAUCUCCUGUUUAUGUAAGUGUAAUUUAAAUUUUGGGUCGCUUAAGGUGGUUUGAAAAGGUGUUUGUUUAUCCAGAAUGAGUGACAAUGGACUAUUUACAGAUAAACGAUGUAUUCAACGUUUUGAAAUCAUCGCUGCAUGCAGUUCUAGAAUGGAUUCAACGAUUUGGAGACCCAGCAGACGAGAGUCUCAGAAAACGCGCUACCGAAUUGAUCGUAAUCCACUUUGCACCGUUCCUAAAUCAGUGUUUCCAAGGGAUCUUCUCCUUCGAGACGUGUUUCAAACCCUACUUUCAAUCGCAGAUUAGUCAUGACACUUUUGUGAGUUUUGGGAGCUUGUUUAAAUAUGUUUGGAUUGACGUAUUUUAAACUGGGAAAUAAACUAAUUCCCCAAUUUUAGAUUGAGAACUAUGACUUCUCGUCGGUCGGUUCACGGUUAGCAGCAGCAACGGAAUCAACAGCGUAA